AUGUAUUUCACCAAGUCUUACGCUGCCGCUGCCGUCUUCGGCUUGGCUACCAUUACGGAAGCCCACAUUUUGAUGGCUAGCCCGGUCCGCGCCACUACGCCUGCUGUGACCAACGGCCCCUUGUUGGCCGAUGGCAGCAACUACCCUUGCCAGCUGACCUCUGGGCAAACACUUGCUGGGGAAUCAACAUCCAUGGAGCUGGGUUCAGAUCAGCCCCUGAACUUCAUUGGGGAGUCUGUUCACGGAGGUGGUUCUUGCCAAGUCUCCAUCACCUAUGACGAGAAUCCGACUGCGGACAGCGUCUGGAAGACAGUCACGUCUAUCGAAGGAGGGUGUCCCGCUCAGAACGCCGAAGGCAAUCUCGGUGACGACACAUCGGCUACCAAGCCAAUUCCUUACGACUACAACUUCACCAUACCCGACAACAUCCCCACAGGCAAGGCUGUGGUUGCAUGGACAUGGUUCAACAAGGUUGGAAACCGCGAGAUGUACAUGAACUGCGCCUUGGUUGAGCUUACGGGCACUUCCGGCGACAAGAGCAACUUCGAAGCGCUUCCGGACAUGUUCAAGGCCAACAUUGACAGCGGUGGCUGCUCGACCCCAGCGGAUACUGAUCUUGUCUUCCCCGACCCUGGCGAGAACCUGCACAAGCUGAACGGCGCAACAACAGCGUGGGGCAGCCCAGUGGGAUCUUGUGCUACUGGCAGCUCUAGCCAGCCAACUGGAGGCUCCGGCGCUGGGACUGGCGCCAGUGUUACCGGUGCUGCAGGAAGUGCCCCCACUUCUUCGGCUGCUGCCAGCGAGGCGUCUCCUCCUGCUGGCGGCAUCUUUGCUACCGUUUCAACCGGUGCAGGCGCGACCAGCGCCCCCGCCGCUCCAGCCCCUACAGGCUCUGGCUCAACUGGAUCAGGUUCCUCUGGCUCUUCAGGCUCAUCCGGCCCUGGAUCUUCCAGCAGCAGCGGCUCGGCAUCUGCUGGAUCUGCCUGCACGACUGAGGGAGACUACCAGUGUGUGAGCUCGACCUCUUACCAGGUCUGCGCUUCAGGCACUUGGUCGGCCGUCAUGCCUGUCGCAGCUGGCACAUCUUGCAGUGGCACGGGAGCCAACUUCGAGAUUGUUGCCGCCGCCAGCAAGUUCAAGAUGACCCGUGCGCUCCGUCGUGCUAAGCGUGGUCUUCCUUUCUUUGGUUGA